AUGUCUGUAGUAUCUCUCUCACGACGCCGCAAGGCCGAUCUUAAAGAACUUGCCUCGAGCUUGGGGCUCUCGGAAGACGGUGUCCGAGAAGACAUUGUCGAACGCAUCAAGGCCCACAUCGCAACCUCGAACGAUCCAUCCCUCCGCGCCCUAAUCCGCGACGACAGUCCCGACACCACAACUACCACCACUACAACCUACACCACCAAAGAAAACUCUGCUUCCACUUCAGGACGUGUCUCCCCGCGCAAAAAGACAACCAGUACAGUCGUCACCAAGGAGUCCCGCUCCUCUUCUUCUGUUGGAGCCCGCCGCGGUUCACACUCUCACUCGCAUACCGAGGACGAGGAGUUGGAUGAGAGGCAGGUUCGUGGGUUUAUGGAGCACAUGCAGGAGGAACUCCAUGAGGCCAAGGAUCUGGCCGAGCAGUUGGAAGAGACUCUGCAAGCAAAGUUUACCACUGGAAAACGCGGAUCGAAAGACCACUCGUCGUACUCGCGUCAUGAUAGCGGACAUGCUUCAUCCCUCCAACACCACGAAGGCGAGGACUCUUCCUCCCACCUACUUCGCAGCCGUCGCCUCCAUCACGACGACGACGAGGAUGAUGAUGAAGAAGGAAGUCACCGUCGCCACAGCAAGCACCACCACGGACACCACCACCAUCACGGCCGCGGCUGGGGCACGCAAGUUAUCUGUGCGGUCAAGAACCAUGUUGUUGAAAAUUUCUCCAAGCCGUGGAGAAGGCUCCAGGACCUGGGCGCGACAAGUCGCGGGUUUGUCUGGUUGACACUGGUGUUGGAGUUGGUUGUCUUCCUCUCCCAGGCCGACGCUCACUUCAAGAACACAUCGGGAGGAUCAUGCCUAGGCUUCCUCACAAACUGGCCCAACUUCCUCCAACCCUUCUUCUCCUACUACGGCACAUUCUUCCUCCUCCCAACCCUCCUUAGCCAACUCUUCAACGUCGACACCUCCCGCUCCAGUGCCUCUUCGCCAUCAAACAAACAAUCCUUAACAGGCCUCCUCUCAAAACACACGACAUCAGGCCUCUCCUACUUUGUCUUCAAGUUCGCACUGACAUACUUCUUGGGCCACUCUAUCGGCUUCAAGUCCCUCCUCGGAACAGCACUCCCUGCGGGGGCAAAGAUGUGGAGUGGAUGCAAAUACAUCUCGGAUAUCUUUCGAUAUGUACCCCAGACUCUGGGGUUGGCUACUUCCGGUGCUGGAACUAUCCUUGCCCUUGCUGAAAGCAUCGUUCAAUCAAACCACCACCGCCGAUAG